CUAGUAGCGGACGAUUACCGUCGAAUCAACGUUUUUGUUUUGUCAAAGUAUAGUAUUUGCGUUUGAAGUAUUAUAAUAUAUUAUUCAGAAUUUGGAUAAUAUCAAAGUUUGGCGUGUUUAAUAUUGAGGAGAAAUGGAGAACAUGACGUUCAUCAUUUUCAUUAUAUCUAUAAUGAUCAUUGUAAGUAACGUCGAUUCAUUUCAUCAUUACCAUAGACAACAAACUUGUUCGAGAACCAGAUAUAGAACAUUAGAUGGAUCAUGUAACAACCUACAACAUCCCACAUGGGGAAGGGCUAAAACGACAGAGAGAAGACUCAAGGAUGCAAAAGGAAGACCAAUGGAGGCUUACGAGGACGGCAGAGGAAUACCUAGAGGUUUCCCACACCAUCUUCCAGAUGCUAGACUUGUCAGCAAUUUAAUAUCAGAUUCAGCAUUAGGACCAGAUGAUCAAUUUGAUAAUAUAAGAUCAGGAGAAGUUAUGGGUUUUGGUCAAAUCCUAGCACACGAUUUAAUAGAAACUCAAAUACCGUCAGGUUUCGACUGUUGUAAAAAAGGAGAUUCUAAUUAUGGCAGUAUACAUGCCUGCUUCCCGUUACAUAUUCCCCGAGGAGAUAGACGAUUUACACCUGGUUGUAACAGCUUUAGAAGAUCAACAGCUGUCUUGGGACAUCGAAGAGAACAGAGAAAUUUAGUAACCUCGUACAUUGAUGCUUCAUUUUUAUACGGGAGUAGCAAAGAACUAAAUAAAAAAUUGAGGAAACCAAACAGCUUUCUCAUGCUGGUAGACACACAUAACCUUUUACCAACUGUUCAUGGUGGAGGUGGAUGUCAGAUGUUUCAGAAAACCGAUCGAUGUCCAAUAACAGGCGACGAAAGAAGUGCUGAAGCACCACAACUAUCUUUAAACCAUCUACUUUUUGUAAGACAGCAUAAUCGAGUGGCUAUUAGGCUUCAUAAUGUUAACCCCCGAUGGAAUAAUGAGAAAGUGUUUCAAGAAACGCGCAGGAUCAUCAUAGCACAAUUUCAACAUAUAGUCUACAACCAUUAUCUACCACUUAUAGUAGGACAUAGUACAAUGGCACGUUUAGAAUUAUUAUCUAAACGUCCAGGAUUUGAUGAUGUAUAUGAUAGUAAAGUUGAUGCGUCUAUUGUCAAUAGCUUUGGAGCGGCUGCAUGGCGUUUUGGACAUUCACUGAUAAUGCCAGAUAUAUCGGAGUUAAAAAAAGAUUUUAAAACCGUUAAACUACACACCCUAGAGAACAAUUUAGAGAGCCCUCAUUUAUGGCAACAACAAGGUGGACGGACCGUGAAAGGUAUUACCAGAUGGCUUGCAGCAAAACCGGCCCAAAAAAUUGACAACUUCCUCAUCGACGGACUCCGUAAUAAGCUUUUCUUCCUAUCACAGCCACCAGGAUUCGACCUGUUUUCGUUAAACAUACAGAGAGGACGUGAUCAAGGCGUUCCUGCGUAUAAUGACUGGAGAGAAUUCUGUAAUCUGAAAAGAUUUGCAUCCUUUUAUGAGUUUGGAGAGUUUGCUUCGAGACUUGCACGUAUCUAUCGCUCUGUAGACGAUGUUGAUUUGUACAUUGGUGCUCUAUUAGAAAAGGGCGAAAAUGGAGGUGUUGGUCCUACGUUUGCAUGUAUCAUUGGUAUUCAAUUUCAUCGUUUAAAAGUUGGAGAUAGAUUUUGGUAUGAGUCGAGUGACCGUACGAGUGGAUUGACAGAAGAGCAAAUAUACGCUAUCAAAUAUUCUACCUUAUUUUCUAAAUUAUGGUGCAAUAACUUUGAACAUAAGAGAAUUCAACGUGACAUAUUUCGACUCCCAUCCAAAACAAAUCGUCUUUGCAGUUGUGAAGAUCUGCCUGAACUCGACCUAGAUUUAUGGAGGGAAGAACGUGACAAGAAAUAAACGUUUAGAAAUGUACAUGACUUUUGAAAAAUUUAAUGCUUUGGUUUUUUGUUUUUGUUUCAUUUGCUGAGAUAACACAUAAUGUUGGUGUGAAAUCAUUGCAUUUAUUUAUUUUUUUUUUUUUCAAACCAAACAAAUUAAUCCAUAUCAAAAAUGAUAUCUGUAAUAUUGUCUUCAGACUGUACCCAGCAAAGAAAUUCCGGAAUAAAUUCAGGUUGCAGCAAAAAGGCGUUACAAAUUCGGUUUACCUAUAAAAUAGAAUUGUGUAUAAUUCACUAUUGAUUGUUUUUGCUACUGUGGGGGAUCAUAUGCAUAAUAAAAAUGGAAGUGUGGUGUCAUUACCGGGAAUAUAUAGGUACAAAGGUUACGAUAAACACUGUACAGCACAGAUGUUUGGUUACAGACAUAUCAUUUUGUCAGUUAUUAAAUGAUUU